AUGCCGAUCAAGUCACUCGAACCUUAUUUGUUCGAGCUGAAGACAGUCAGCAACUGUCCGUUGGAUGUGCUAAGAAAUGCCGUCGUCGGCAUUGACGUGGAGCAUUAUCUUUCGAGGCUCUUCACUCCAAGAAAGGAACCAAACUUGGAGGCCAUAGGUGGAUUGCCGAUGACUUUGAAAAUGCUGAUGGACUCUGACUUUAAGUUUUUCAAAGAUCUCAAUGUUAAGCCUAUCUUUGUAUUUUCUGGCCUUCGUACUGCAAUUCAAUAUAGCUAUCUAGAGCAGGCCGAGAUCUUGUCACGCGAGAGAACUUUCCGUCAUGUUUGGGAUGAUAAAGUAAAUAAAGAGUACUUCAACGAAAGUUUCCGUGAUCCAGACUCUCCAUUGACUAUGAGGCCGGUGAUGGAUCAAUUCAUGGAGUUGCUAGACUCUAAGAACGUUGAGUACAUCGUCAGUCCCUUUUCUGCCUGGGCUCAAUUGCAGUAUAUGUUAAAUGAGCAUCUCAUCAACUGCAUCUUUGGUUCCACAGAUGGACUCUUGGUUGAAGGUGUUGAUCGUAUUAUCUUGAGUAUUGAAUUCGAGAGCAAGCAGUUUAAAUAUCUGGAUAAGUCUAAUAUCUUUUCCAAAUUGAACUUGUCUCCAAAACAAUUUAAGGAUAUUUCUAUGUGUAUUGGUAAUGGGUUCCAACCGUUCACUUUGAACAUAUUUCCUCACAUUCCAUCGCAGAGUACCUUCACUGCUUUGCACCAUUUUGUGCUUAACGGUGGCUCUAUCUACAACACUCUUCUCGGCUUGACUGAUGAUGGAAGAUCUUUUGAAAUAUAUAUGAAAGGUUGCUCUGCUUUACGCUUUAUGCCCGUCCUGAAACUCAACGGAAGGGUUGAGCCUAGACAGAUCAAUAGCGAUGCUUCCUGCUUGUCGGUGCCUUCCUCUGGUAUCCCCAACUCUUCUGGCACUGAUAGCAGCAGCAUAAAGGGAACCUCCUCAGAGAAAGUUCCCGAGGAUAUGCACGAAUUUAUUGGCCAGAGACUUCCUGAUGAGUUAUUCUUUUACCAAUCCAUCGGUCUCACGACGUUUGAUCUUUGUGAAACAUUGGUGCAUAGUAACGCUGUCGAAAGAUUACCUCCUGAUAUGGCGUUAACUAGCCUAUACCGCCGCUUAGUGACCAGUGAUAAUUCACUUGAUAUAAGAGGUAAGACUAUCAAUCUUCUCGCCAACUCUUUGAAUAGAUACUACCAAUUUAAGAAACUCAAGCUCACCACUUACUUCAAUGGUUCGGAAGAGUAUGAGUUGGUUCAGAGAAUGUCUCCACCUAUAUUUCUCAGUUUGCAGCCUCUUCUUAUUAGGCACGCUACGGCAAGAUCCUUCGAUCUAGUGACUCUUCUUUCCAGUCUUUCCGAUGAUUUCCUUGCCGAAUGCACUAUCCCGAGAAAGGCAAGUAACAGCGAUGAUACCAAGAUUUCCACUAACUACGAGUUGAUUUCUACUUCUCUAAUGAGAACAUUGUUAUUGUAUGGUUUCAUCAAAGAAGGAGAGUUUAAAUUCAAUGCUUGGGGUGACGCAUUGAGAUGCAUUGCUCGGUCUUCGUAUAAUUCCCAGUACUUACUACUAGUUCUUUGGUUUUUCAAACAAUUCCCGGACUUGAAAUUGUCCGAUUUGUUGGAACCUUAUGACCUUCACUCCAUCAACAAAAAGCAUAAGGAACAAGCGAUUCUCAUCUCGAAGUUUGUUGGUUUGUUUUCAAUGAACAACUUGAGCUCCGUCAACUAUGCAUACAAGGUGUCUAGACCGUUGCUUCAAUUUAGAUCUGUCUUUGACAAGCUCAAUUCAAACAUUGGUGGAGCAGUCCGCUCAAACUUGAUAGCAUUGCUUCUCCUGAACCAGGAUGAUCUAGACAAAUAUGAGAGAGACAACAGCGAAUGGAGGAAACUUAUCCUAGAGCUACCAUUCCGUAGUACUCUUCCAAGUGUCUUGUUGGGUAUCAUUUCGCAGCAAUUCUUUGAAAUGUAUUUAGAUAAUUUCGACUUAUCCAAAUCAUUUGCUUCAAUUAACGAAUCAUUCCAAUUUGUUCAUGCUUCUUCAAGUGCAGAACUCAUAAGAGGAUUCAAAUGCUUCCAGGAAGUAGCCGGGUUGGUCAAGCUACUUGGUGAAAAGGGGCUAAUUGUUGACAAGGAGGUACUGGAGUUAUUUGCACAAUCAAACGAGUUUGUCGACCAAAUGCUAUCGAAGAGCGCAUGA